GAUGUUUCUACCACUUGGUCGUGACCUCUUUCAUUUUGGAGGAGGUUUUUCUCCAUCUGCGAAAUACUCAAAACAAAGCAGAAUUUUCAAUCUAGAUUUUCAUCUAUAUGUCUUUAUCACUUACAGUACACUUUGUUCCCCUGACCAGCAGCACCAGAAACUACAGGUUGCUCUGUCGAAAGCCAAAGCGAAAGCGGUCUUUUAUUCCACCUCUAUUUCAUUUUGAUUUUGACCAUAAUUAUAUUUUUAACCUAAUCAAUUGUUGUACCCUCUUUCCAAGAAAAGUAAAACAAGAUAUAGUUGAACCAUGGGUGUGGUUGCCGAAGCGAAAUUUCCAACGGUGCAGCUGCUCCGGCAAGCCGUGUCAGCGUUGAAAGAGGUGGACCCGCACAUCCGAUUUGACUUCAGAUCCGGCACCGGCCCCGGGGGGGAGAAAAAGGGGAUCUACUCCCGUUUGAAAGACGCCGACACUUUCGUCUGCGAAUACUUUCUUGCUGCGGAGGCCUUGUUGGAGUGCAACUUGGAAGGUAGCUAUAGCUUCUUGUUCAUCGUCUCCAGGUUAUCAUUAUUUUGCUUCAUCAAGGUUGAUGUAGCAGUAGCCGCCCGAGGAGGUGUCCUCGCAACUAUAAUCGUUUGCGCUUAAAAAUAAACCGUGUCUGCGCAGUCGUCAUGCAUCCUCUUCUCGAUAUAGUACAAAAAAAAUCUUAGGUGACUACGAAUUCACUUUCGAUGCGAACGAGAUGCUGAAGCUUCUGAAGUACGGAGAAAACCAGGACCGCGUGACUCUCGUCAUGGACGACGAAAAGGCCAACAUGCAGAUCCAAAUUGAACACUGGAACCCGCCGCCAUCGAAAACCCUAAGUUACGAAUUGAGUGCGGUCGACAUGGAGAAGGAUGACGUGCAUCCCCCGCCAAUGGAGGAGGUCAAAGCGUGGCCCUUUGUACAGAUGGAGGCUUUCAGCUUUCAAAAAAACUGUGCCCGAAUGGCCGACGUAAUCAAGUGCAGAGGAACGGGAGCAGGUACGUAAGUUAGUAUAGCAAAUAAUGGAGAGGCACCGCAGUUGGAAGUGGAAUUAAAUGAUGAAUUUUGCAUGAAAGUAUUAAAAGGUGGAACAUUCGCGAGGCACGUCUCAAUGUUUCAUAGACAACAUCACAACGUCCUUUAUCACAGACAAAAUCAUCCGUCUUCUGGCCAGCAGCGAGAGCCUCAGCAUCGUUCACGAGGACGAUGAGGCGAACGUUGGUUUUCAAGUAAAAUGGCGAGACGAGGCGGAAGGACCCGAGAUGCUUGCGAAGCAGUGUCCCACCCACACAACUGGAAUGGGUAUUAAGUUGGGCGACUUUGAUAUUGCUCCAGGUCGAUUUGGUGUGCUCAAAAACCCGUAAUUCUGUGCUAAAUGCCGCGUUGGCGUUUUUUGUUUUUUCAAUUUUGCACUAUUUCUAGAAUGAACGAUGGCGAUACGAACCGAAAUACAGGUAACUGCAUUCACGAUGGAUGGUACCGCAUCGAUUUCUUCCAAACAGUAUGCCACAGAAAGAAAUUCGAAAUGGCUUUCCGCAGUAGGAUUUUGUUUGUUUGUUACUUAUCUACUCCUAUGCAAUGCAUAGUAUGCAUUUUGCAUCGCACCACCAGCGUCAGGCGUGAGCCGUAGUGUGCCUGUCUCAGCAUUGUAGAGGAUGUGAUUUGAGUUUAUUGACAUUGACGACAUAGACGCCAUUUUCCUAGUUUCGAAUUCCAUACAUCGUCGCCAAGGGCGGUAAGCAGGUGUCCGAGUCAACUGUCAUGCUCUUUCCGCCAGACAAGAGCAAGAUGCUAAUGGUAGGCUUUCUCUUCCGGCUCGACGACGCGGUGUCAAAAGCGCUCAAACAGGACGAAGUGUACAACAAAACUGCCGAGGCAUUUCACAAUGACGUCAAUGCCGUAAUGCAGCAACAGAUGGAGGUGAUAAAGAUAAUGACUGCUUCUUCCUCCAUGAUAAUCGGUUUCUGUUCUUUGUGCUUCUGUGGCCCAUUAUCCUUUUACGACGACACGCGCGGUCUGACUGCUCUUAAUCGUGUUUGCGUUGACCACUCUUCCUGAAGUUUAUCAAAAUGAGAACCUCUCUUCUGAAGUUUAUCAAAAUGAAAACCUCCAGGUCGAGCAGAGCAUUGAGCCCGAGGACGAGGAGAUGCGGCCCCGGCAGUUGCUCUUCGAAGACGACCCGAUAUUCAGAAAAAGACACUCAUUCCCAUCCAUUUUAUGCAUGGCAGAUGCUGGAGCGUGGAGCUGGAUUCGAUUGUUGGUGCAUGAUUCGCAUGACAUAAUGGAUGAGGAUGGGUCUUUUUUCUGUGGAUACCCGAUGGCGGAGAAAAUUACCCACUUGGAUGAUGAUAUGGAAGCGUCAGGUUUGAAAUCGUCAAAGUUGAAAUAAUUUGUAAUGCAUAAAAUGCAUGGCCCGAGGUACGUGCGUUGCAGAGCAGGCAAGUGAGGCCGAUUGUCAGCCUGUUUGGGGUUACAGAUCGAGCUGGUAAAGUAGCAUGAGAAAAUCGCUCUUCUUUGCCUAAACAGCAUGACAAACUGGAUUUAGGGACCACCGAAAUUUGUCAUGCGCCACUUGGAAACUGGGUUCCAACUGGCAUCCAUUUGAUGCAUGGCAAAUUAUUUCAACUUUGUCGAUGUCAACUCUGACACAUCCAUAGAUGAGGUGCUCAAGGACGCCCCCGACAACACGCAAGCGAAGUUGUUCGGCUAUCCACUGCAAAAGUAUCGUACUCGUAUGAAUCGCAGGUAUGCAUGACAAAUCGGGUUUCCUACCCAAAUCUGCAUUACAAAUUCCAAUUUUCUUCCUGAUAAAAUUUGUCAUGCGAUUUAUACUAGUACGAUACUUUUGCAAUGCAUAUCGGCGAAGCCCGGUCCAUUUGCAGCAACGUACGGAAGCUAGUGCAGCAGAAGCACAAGGUAGACAAGGGAAAGCAGGCGGCAAACAGUGUCAAUAUGCACGCAGCGGUUGGGAGUGGUCUUCGUCUUCUCGGAACCAACAAUAACGCAUCUUCCUCAUCUUCCUCCAGUGCGGCGGUUGGGAUAAAUAAUUCCGACUUGCUUCUGGAUAACAACCAGAAGCAAACGGAGGAAGAAUUAGAUUUCAACUUAAUGAAUUACGAGGAGGAAGUGGCAAAGAGCCGGGAAACGCUCGCGGAAAAACUCUCGCAGAACAAACUCUCUGUCAAGCAGCUGCAGACGCUGCGAGGUCUUGUUCUAAACAUAAGUCGCUUGAGUUCAUCUUUGUGACUCUUUUUUCUGCAUAGAGUUAGAGAAAGAAGCAACAGCAAUUAGCGCCAGAAGACAGAAAAAACCUUUACUUGCAGUUGAAGGCCCUAAGGUAUUAUCCACGCAAAUCAUGAUGUUCAUGCCGCGCUUGCGCAAAAAAUUCUUGAUCGAGUCACAAUUACAAUAACAGAGCAAACGCGCGGCGGCCCGCUGGACGACGUGGUGAUCAACGCGUGUGCGGAGCUUGCCAGAAAAUUUCCGCAAGAGAUCGAAAAGAUUAUGCUGUGCAAAAGUAUCUCACUCGUACUAACUGCAAACGUGCAUGACAAAUCUCCCUCCUAAGGUAAAACAGCAUUACAAAUUCUACUUGUCUUCUGGCCAUAAUUUGUAAUGCAAUUUGUGCUAGUACGUUACUUUUGCAAUGCAUAAAGAUCAAGCAGCAGCAACUAAACCGCGAGACCAAGUACGGCUACAUGGUGUUUUUCUGCCAGUCCAUGGAUAUCAAAUGUAAAAAUGUCUGGGUCUGAAAGAUUGCAACUUGUCAUGCUGUUUUUGGAUUCCAGAAGAAUCUGUAUUGCAUGAGUACCAAAAGGAAUGUAAUUUGUGCUACGCGGAGAGGGCGUUUGUCAUGCGGAAUAGGCAUCAAGAAGCUCUCAAAAAAUCUGUGAUGCUAGGGCAUGCAUCGCAGACAUCAAGGCUCAUGCAAAACGUGCAUGACAAGUGUCAGAAUCUUCCAGACCCAGACAUUUUUACAGUUGAUAAUGGACGCGCCAAAGCUGAAUGAGUUUGAAGACAGUGACGACUCGGACGAAGACGGAGAGGCGGAGGAACUGGACCGGGAGCGGCUGAAGGACUACUACAUUUGGGACCGAAGACAGUAUUUGGCGACGGACGUACCGGGGCAAAUGCGCACCGACGGGGCCUACAACGCAAACCGGGCUGCCGGCUCGGAUGACAUGGAUAUUGACGGGGGCGGUAGCAUAUCAAAUGCAAAAAUGUCUGGGUCUGGGAGAGUGCGCGAUUUGUCAUGCAGCUUUUCGAUGACCCAUAAGGUCUGGAAUGCAGGACUAGCGUGACAGAUUCUGCGCGAUCUCUCUCAUGCCUAUCCUGCAUGAGAAACUCCCUCCCGACUUGGUCAAAACUGGACGACUUUUGGGAAUCAUGCACCACAGAUUUUUGCAUGCUUCAGAUUUAGCAUGACAAGUUGUAUUCUUCCAGACCCAGACAUUUUGCAUUUGAUGUAGCAUCGCCGGCGACCCGGCGGAGGGCGCACCGCCGGAGUUCGUGAUCAAGUGAAAUAAACGCCGGCGAAGGAUUUUUUAUGUUGUUCCUGAGCCAAAAAGGCUAAGAGUUCAACAGAACAUCUUCUGCAAGAACUGCUGCUCGUCAAAGAGGACAAGAAGAGGAACAAUGCGAUCCGCUGUGCUGUUGUUGCCUGCAAACUCUUGUUCACGACCAGCACAUCAAGAUUAAUUUUCGAAUUGAAUUCCUCGUCUCAUUGUCGCAGUGCGAAAGAUCGUGUCCCGCUCGACAAAUCUGUACUUAAAACCGGCACGCGCCUCCGCCUGCAACACAC